UCUCUCUUUCUGCCGCUCUCUUGUUGUGGCCGCCAGACUUCUCUCCUCCGCCUCCGUUCGUGCAGGAGUUUGGGUUUGGCUGUCGAAGUCGGGAGCGUAUCUGUCUAUUUUUGUGACAGGUCGGAAUACAGUUCUGCUCAACUUUAUUGAUUACUGAUUGUUCGCGGAGGAAGAGAAGCUGUUUCGACGUGUUAUCGGAGUGCCUUGAAAGAAGCUAACGGAGAAGGUAGGUGUAUGUGUCUACCCGACUGUCCGUCCGGCUUCCCAGUUCCAACCCGAUUACCGCAUUGCCACCGAGAGAAGUGAAAGAAAGGAAAGCUCCCAGGACUCGGCGAGUUUAGUGUCACCGUAAAAACUCUGUGUGUGUGUGUGUAGUCUGUGUGUGUGUGUGUGUGUGUGUGUGUCGGCGGCAGGAUGAGUGAGGGGGAGGGUCAGUUCUACAGUGUCCAGGUGGGAGACUCCACCUUCACUGUGCUGCAGCGCUACCAGCAGCUCCGCGCCAUCGGCUCUGGGGCCCAGGGCAUCGUCUGCUCUGCGCUAGACACCAGCCUGGGUAUACCCGUGGCUGUGAAGAAGCUCUGCCGCCCCUUCCAGAACCAGACCCACGCCAAGAGAGCCUACCGGGAGCUGGUUCUGCUGAAAUGUGUCAACCACAAAAAUAUCAUUCGCCUGAUAAAUGUGUUCACGCCUCAGAAGUCUCUGGAAGAGUUCCAGGAUCUGUACCUGGUGAUGGAGCUGAUGGAUGCCAGCCUGUGCCAGGUUAUCCACAUGGAGCUGGACCAUGAGAGAAUGUCCUACCUGCUCUACCAGAUCCUCUGUGGCAUCAGGCACCUGCACUCCGCUGGGAUCAUCCACAGGGACCUAAAACCCAGCAACAUUGUGGUGAAGACCGACUGCACUCUGAAGAUCCUGGACUUCGGCCUGGCCAGGACGGCCUGCACUAACUUCAUGAUGACGCCCUACGUGGUGACUCGCUAUUACAGAGCCCCAGAGGUCAUCCUGGGCAUGAAGUACAAGGAGAACGUGGACAUCUGGUCAGUCGGGUGCAUCAUGGGCGAGAUGGUGAAGGGCAGAGUCAUCUUCCAGGGAACCGACCACAUUGACCAAUGGAACAAGGUGAUCGAGGUUCUGGGCACGCCCUCCAUGGAGUUCAUGGACCGUCUGAUGGAGACGGUGAGGAACUACGUGAUGAACAAGCCCCAGUACCCCGGCGUCAGCUUCUCUGAGAUCUUCCCUGACUGGGCCUUCCCCUCCGACUCGGAACACGACAAACUCAAGACGGGACAGGCCCAAGACCUGCUGUCCAAGAUGCUGGUCAUCGACCCCGAGCGACGCAUUUCUGUGGAGGAGGCCCUGAAUCACCCCUACAUCCAUGUGUGGUACGACCCGGCCGAGGCUGACGCGCCUCCCCCUCAGAUCUCUGACAGGCAGCUGGAGGAGAGGGAGCACAGCAUCGAGCAGUGGAAAGAGCUCAUCUAUGAGGAGUUGAUUGACUGGGAGGAGAGGAACAAGAAUGGAGUGAUAAAAGACGAGUACUCAGAGGUGGUGAGUGGGACGGCCUCACAGUCGUCAUCAGCCAAUGACAUCUCAUCCAUGUCGACGGAGUCUGUGACCCUGGCGUCCGACACGGACAGCAGCAGCAUCGACACGCUCUCUGGAGUCCUGGACGAGAGCCAAUGAGAACGGCCCUGCGGUGUGUGUGUCUGCGUGCGUGCGUGUGAUUGUCUUUCUUCCCCCUCUUUCACGCGAAAUAUCUCAAAUCAGCCCCUUGAUUACUUUCUCUCUUUCCCUUGGGUGUCCCUACCUGUCCCCCUUCUCCUCCGCCCUCCUCCACCCUCCCCGCCCUCCUCCGCCCUCCCUGACCUCCUCCACCCUCC